GGUGCUCCGGGCCUGCACAACUCCAGUCCAGAGAUUGCUAUCGCCCAGAGGCUGGCCCACGAGCCAAUGGAAGAGAGCUUUGCUGGUUGCUAAGGAAACCCCAAGCGGCAAGAUGGCAGCCGCCGGCCACGGGAGCCCGAGCUCCAGCCUGCCUCGCCGGGACCCACCGAGGCCGCCGCGGGACGGUUAUGGUGUCUACGUGUACCCGAAUUCUUUCUUUCGAUAUGAAGGAGAAUGGAAAGGAGGAAAGAAACAUGGUCGGGGGAAGCUGCUGUUUAAAGAUGGGGGCUAUUACGAAGGCGAGUUCACGGACGGGGAGAUCACAGGGGAAGGCUGCCGGAUCUGGGCCUCAUCAGGGAACACCUAUUCGGGACAGUUUGUUUUGGGAGAACCUCAAGGACGUGGCGUCAUGAAGUACAAAGCUGGUGGAUGUUACGAAGGGGAGCUCUCCCACGGCAUGAGAGAAGGAUACGGGCGUCUGGUGGACCGGGACGGACAGGCCUACUGGGGGUGGUUCCAUGACAACCAGCGACACGGCCAAGGACACAUGGUCUUCCGGAACGGUGACGAGUACGAAGGCGACUGGGUCCGGGACCAGCGUCAGGGGCACGGGGUGCUGCGUUGUGCCGACGGCUCCACCUAUGAGGGACAGUGGCACGGUGACGUCUUCAGCGGACUGGGCAGGAUGACCCUCUGCUCCGGGGCCGUCUACCGCGGGAUGUGGAUCAAUGGCCACCCGGCAGCACAAGCCAGGAGGAUCGUGAUUCUGGGUCCGGAGGUGAUGGACGUGGCCCAGGGGUCUUCCUUCGACUUGAACGUUCAGCUGCAGCAGGACAGCGGGGAAGUUGCCGAGAGCGAGGAUGGCCGGGUUUUGAAGAUCUCGGCUGGCGUCAGGUACGUGCAGCUUCCAGCCUACUCAGAGGUCAGCUUUUUCAAAGUGGACAAGGACAACCCGGAGACACCCUUCCAGACCCCGUUUGGCUUUGAGUGCAUCGCCUAUCCUCUGUGGAGCCCCAAGUCCGGGGCCUUGGAGCCCAGAGCUGCCCUGGAAAGUGCCAGAGGAGAUCCACUGCUCCCCGGGGGAGACCGGGAGCCAGCAGCGGCAUCAGACACAUCUCGAGGCCAGAGGGACAUCCCCGGUGGCCCUCCCGGAGAAGCCCGGGGAUGCGAGCCCCACUGUCCUAAGGACUGCAGGCGAGUGGAACAAGGUUGUGCCCGGUUCUCGGACGUCUGCCUUGGGCCCCCCCCGCCCGGGUACAGCCCCGUCCUCUUCCUGGACGACCCCCGUGAGAAGGCAGGUGGCAGGCCCAGAGGGGGCCUGGGCCCCGGCAGGACGCCCACCACGCAGGACCCGCCAGGAGGCAGCAGAGCUGGCGGAGGUUUGAUUUGCAUAAGAAGGGAGAGAACUGGCUGCCUCCAGCUUCCAGGCGCAGUUCUGCGGUAUCUCAGUGACUGAGGAGAAUCACCUUUGUGCAUUUUGGCUAAGGGAAGGGAGGUGAAGGGUCACCCGCCAAGGCCGCUGGGCCCGCAGUGGCUUCUACCCUCCAGCACACGUGCUCUCACCGUUUAUUCGUGGGGCGUGCCGCCUGGGGACGGGGGCACUUAGGUGCAGCCAUGUGGUCCCGUGCCCUGCCCCCAGCCCGCUCGGAGCGCUUCACCACAGACCCCAGCGAGCCGUGCUCAGCAGGGUCCCUGCUGGGAGGGCCCUGAGCCCUGUCCCGGGGGCCCUGAGCCAUGUCCCGGGAAAUGGCAUGAAUCACGGCCCUGACUUCUUCCCUCAGAGUCUGGGACCUGACUUCCCACCUCCCCAGGGUCACGUGGGCGCUUUCCGUGUGGACCCCGCCUGGGGGUGGUCUGCAGAUGGCUUUGGGGUUUGUGCACGGACCCCAUCCUGGAGCAGAGAGGGGCAGUCGCUGGCCAGGCCCUGCGCGGAGCCCGGAGGCUGACCCUCUGUGCCCAUGGCCUGGGGCGAGGCUGCAUCCCCAGGGCCUGGGGCUGUGCUCCGAGGGCCCCAGCCGGGCCUGCCCGACUGGAUCCGGCUGACCCUGGAGGCCCCUGCCCGGGGCAUCUGCGGGUCUCGGCGGGGCCAGCCAGUGGUGGUCUCACGGGACAGCACCCAGGCCCCAGGGCAGAGGAGGGGGCACGGCAGGUGGACCCGUGUCCCCGGAGCAGGGUCAGCGAGGAGCCCGGGAUGGAGGCUUGGACAGCCUCCCCAAGAGGUCAGAGGCCUGCGUCAGGUGCUCAGCGGUCACCUGCGCGACCCUGCCCGGAGGGGUUGCCAGCACCAAAUAUCUAUUCAAGUAAAAACAGUAAUUGGCCCCAUCUGUGUUGGCCUGGUGACUGAUGAAGUGACUAAUCGCGGAAGUCUUAAUUAAACCCAUUUUUCUCCGGGUGAGCAGGGGAGGGGCCGUGCCGGCCAGCACAUCAGGCUCCGGGCUGGCCGAGUGCUGAGCCGGCAGUGAGCAGUCACGGGCAAGGUCGGCCCGAGGCCCCCACCCACCCCCGGGCAGACUGGCCGCCGCGUCGUGCUGUUACAAGACACGCACUUAGGGUUUGGGGGAGAAUGCCCCGUUUCAGUGGAAUUCUCACGGGCGGCUGGGCAGACUCACAGCCACAUUUACACAACAGACUUCGUCUUUUGCAGCUGACACAACUCCACAUCAUUCAGGAACUGACGGGGCCCUGUGUCAUGUUGUGAAAUUCCGUAAUAUGCCAGGAAUGUCUCCGCAGGAAUGUAGCGAGAAGCGUGCGGCGGACAGCGGGCUCUCCCAGGGAAGAGCAGGGCCCUGGGCGGGGGCCUCCAGGGUCACCGGGGUCCCAGAGACGACAGGCUCAGGCUGGUGGCCUGUCCCGCGUCUGAGUGCCGGGGGUAAGGGGGCGGGGGGGGGGGGCAGUGCAGGGUCCAAUCAGGAAGGCCCUCGGAUCAGCCUCUUGGCUCCUCGCGGGGCCCAGCCAGCUACUGCCCCGCGCUGCCCUACGGGGGGGGGUUCACGCAUCCCGUUCCCUGCACCACGGCCACCUCUGGGGCCACUUCUGGGUGCCCCCCACCCUCUCUCCCUCCGCUCUGUGACCUACACAGGGCUCAGCUCAGGAGACUGGAGUGCGUGCUUCGUUACCCAAAGGUCCGGGGUGAAGCCCUCAGCCCCUCCGCCCUGCGGCACCCCCUCCGGCUCACCUGUGCCCCCGCCCUGUUCUCCACACACAGCAACCCCCCGCCCCCCCGCCAGCCUUUGGCACACGCCGGCCCCUCAGCUAGGAAGGUCUUCCUCGGCCUGCGGCCUGCGUCACCAGGCAAUGUGUCUGCUGUAGGGCAGCCCUGCUCCCAGGGGUGUCCCAGCAAAGUGCGGGGCCGGGGGGACGGGUAGCUUGAUCUCAGAUGAGCCCCAGGGCAGCGCGGUGGGGGAGGGCUCCCGAGACAAGAGGGAGCCAGGCAGAGGGCUCUGGUCCCCUGGGGACCUCGUCACCCCUUCCUUGGCCACCGGCCCCUGGCAGAGUGGGCUCGGCCUCCCCCCCCCCCCCACUCUCCCCCCGGGCUGGAGGCUCCUCCGGGCAUGUUCAUGGAAAAUCAGACAUAGAGACUGAUGGGUUUCUCUGCUUUCUCAGAAACUCUAAAGAUGGAGGACUGAGCCCCAUCGUCCGAGCAGGAGUAAUAAACGGAAGCAGGUGUGAGGCCCAGGCGGGAACAGCUGGGCUGAUGGGGCGCCCUCACCCCACCCCACCCCCACAGCACAGCACCGAGGCUGGAGGCUGGCGGCAGGCGGGGCCUUAACCCUUACACGCCCACUGCAGGCCGGGGGGGGGGGGGGGGAGGGGGGGACACCUUCACGUCCCCUCCCCGCCCCGCCAUCCGAGGCCCCCGGCCGCUCUCCCGCCUGUGCAAGCAGGGGCCUCACUUGCCGGGGCCUCUCUGGCAGCGUGACCCCAGUGCCCCUGGGUGCCCCGUGGAGCAGAACACGCUCUGCAGAGGGGGAGCAGCCGGGGCUGCGUGCCCACGGCACCCCGUGGCCGUGCCCGUGGCCGUCACUCGGGACCCACAGCCCUGAGGCUCCUGUUUCCCAGGGGUCCCCCGGGAGUGGUGAUGGUUUCCAGCUCAGCCCCAAAUCCGGGCCAGCCGUACUCCAACAAUUAGCUGACGUUCUGAUUUUGGAAAUUCCUUAUAGGCUCUGUGUGGGGGCCACAGAGAGCCCCGGGUCUCCCGUCCCACGUGAGCAGGUCGGGAGAGCCGGGUCGCUUCCCUGCGGACCACACGCCCUCAGGGUGGCAGUUUUCCCCAAUCUCUGCCUUGACUGGCAUUGGACUCCGUGGCUCCCCGGUUCCCUAAGCCGGCACAUCCCAUCGGUACCGGAGGACUGCCAUGAUGCCCACACGGCUGUGGGCGGAGGCCGGGACCCGGGGCCUUGACCUAGACGGCGCUGGGCGGGAAGCUCUCCCCGGCCGGGAAAUGGGUGCCUUCUCGCCAUGCUGAGCCCCAGGCAGACUGGUCCCCGUGCCCAGGUCAGGUCUCAGGGCCUCCACACCCCAUGGCCUGCCCACGUGCCCACCUCAGCCUGAAAAACUGAUGACAGCCAGGGUCAGGACCAGGCCUGACCAAGCCGCGGGCCUGCUUCCCCAGCCCUCUAGCCCUAAGUCGGGUCUGUAGCCAACGGCCCUCCUCUGCCGGGCCACGGGGCCACCCUGCCCACAGCCCUGCAGGUCCCUUGGUGGGCCUGUGGGUGGACAGGCCCGGGUCACACAGGCUGCCAGAGACCUUUGGCUCCCCCCAAGGGACCCCCCUUCUCUUGCCACCCACCGUGUGCUUGACUGCGGGGUCUUGACGUCCCCUCCCCAGCUGCCCCCCUCUGUUCAGCUGCCCAGGAAAGGGACGAGCGUGCACAGGUCGCCGGGUUCCGGUCCCCUGGGCCAGGGUCUGGCUGGGCGGCCUCAGGCUUCCUCUUCAAUUAUGGCCGUUUCCACAGCUCCGCCCACCUGGGCGUGCCCGGGCUGCUGUGGGCCUCGCCUCAGCAGUGGUUCUGCUGAGGGUCAGACAUGCUGCUGGUAAUUCCGGUGGGACGGAGUCCCGAGGCGCGUCCCUGGGGGGCUGCAUGGUGUUUCAGUGCAGUCCUGAGACACGCUUGUCCUGGAAGAGGUGAAGGCAGGAGAGCCUGCUGAGGUUGCUCGGCUCGGCUCAGACGGGACACUCUCGGGUCCUACGGAAAGGGAAAGGCACGGGUCAGGGGGAGCGGCAGGGCCGGCGGUGCCGAGGGGAGGGCAGCUGGGCCUGUGGGCCACUCAGGUAUCUGAUAGGAACCUGACAGGAACCUGCAGGUUACUUGUCGGCCCUGAAAGGAGGCUGUCCGGUCCCCUCCUCGUGCCAGCUUGGCCGUUGGUCCCCCGGGUGAGGCCCGCCAGGCCUGAUGGGGACCAGGAGACCCACGACGGGGACCUCACCACAGAGUAUUCACACUGGUCCAGGCCCCACCUCACAGCGACACAAGCAGUCAGGACAGUAUGCCCCUUGGGGGCCCUGGAAGGACAACCCCGACUAGCAGGCACACAGGCCUCACGCCCUGCCCUCCAGUAGGAGCCCCGGCCCUCGGGCCACGGAGACACGAGUUGGGGCCAUCUGAGCACCACGUCUCAGUCUGGUCUGUAAAUGCGGGACCGUAAGGGGCUGGGUUUGCCCUCCCACAGGUAAACAGGUAACAAGCCGGAUAAGAUCCAGGAAACCAUGGCCAGCCUUCAAGACACUGGGUAUCAGGUGAUGAAGGGGGAGCCCCUGAGAGGCCCCAGCUCACUUCCCAGAGCAUUUCCAGCUGUAGUGCAGGGAGGGGGCCCGGCAGGCUCAGGGGUCCCCACGAGGGGAGAGAAGGAGCUGAGAGUCCCGGGCAGCUAAGGCAGCUAGAGCUUGCAGGAGGCAGCACGGGAGAGGGGAGUCCUAGAGAUCUGCAGAGCGCGAGGAACGUGCUUGAACGUGCCAGGAAAACCGGCGAGAGGGUCACAGCAAGUCCUGCCCGGAGCUCACACGGGGCUGUGAAGAGUGCUCGGUCCGGGAGCCGGUCCGGAAGACCUCAACUCACAGGACGUCAGAAGAGUACUAAGUGGUGGGGAAGAAUUAACCAUAUCUCGAACCCCACCUUGCAAGCCUUAAAGGCAAGACCCAAAAGGAUCAAACCGUCUCUAAGUAACCAAACAGCAUCAAGACUAUAAGAAUACAAAAGCAGCCAGUGGCCAAGAAAGUAGAAUUCACAAUGUCUGACAUCUGACCGAAAAUUACCAGGCACACAAAGAAAGCGGGAAAGUACAACCCAUGAUGAGGAACAAUGAACCGAUCAAAGCCGACCCAGAAAGGACACCAAUGGAAGAGCCAGUAGACGGCGGCAUGAGACGUCGUCACUGGAUUCUGUGUGUCCGGCAGGGAAGACCGGCCACGCUCGGCAGACGUGAGGCGUGAAGGAGUGGGCCCGCCCCCCAGAGAUGAUGUGUGUGGGCAGGGGUGGGCGGGAGGGGCGUGAACUUGCAGGCACAGCCACAGAAACCCCCCGGAUGAAGCGCAGGAAGAGAAGCAGGGCUGGGCUUCACGAGCGGAGCGUUUGGAACUGCCGAACAGCUCCUCUCCGCCAAACAUGCACGGAAUCAGAGGCUCCCAAGCGCCGCAAGGGAAGGACGCGGCCGAAGAGACGGUCAAAGAGAUAACGGCCACCGUGUUUUCAAACUCAUCGCAAACUAUAAACCUACAGAUUCAAGACACAAGGAACCCCAAGCACAGGAAACAUGAGGACAAGGACGCCAGCCACAGAUAAAGAAAAAACCAGGCCGGAGCCCUGGGUCCCCAGCCCCGCCCGGCCCCUGGGUCCCGACUCUCCCAGCGCCCUUUUCCGCCCAGGAGGCGCCGGCACCGGUUCCCAGAGGGGGCCUGUUCCCUCCUCUGGCUCUGACCUCGAUUCCUGGAGGCUCAGCUCAGUGCUGUCUACACAGUCAGUGCCCAGUUAGUGUUCCUGCUGUCACGCUGCGGCCCAGGGCUCCCGCUGCACCCUCAGCAGGUGGCCUCUCGGGACCGCCUCCCAGGACGCCGAGUCCCCACCCCGCGGGUCUGGGAGAACCGUCCGCUGAUCAGUCGGCGCCUCUGGCCUCUCCUCACACCGAGACUCCCCAGCUGCUUCCCAGCUCGGCCUCCGAUUUCUCAAGGCCCUGGGGGUUCUGUAAAAACUCUCAGGAUUCUUAUAACCCCGUCUAUUUCUCUUGACUCUGGCAGGCUGACAGACUCUGGUUAUUCUUAGUGCUGAAUUAUUUAUCCGCGUUCCCCUCCUCACCCACAUUUCAGAAUCUGUAACGUGGCUCCUGGGUCCCAGCCAAGGCCCAUUUCCCCCGCUCAAAAUGAAGUAAUUUUAAAAUC